GUUGUAGACAACCGUAGUAAGUCGAUCACCAUGGAGCUCAACGUUGGUACCAGCUCUGUCCGGUUUCUUGGCACAUCGAGAGGAAGCAACUAAGUGAUUCGUAGACCAGUAUAAUUGUAGCUCUGAACUUGUUGUUGGGUUUCAGUGAAGAGAGCUUAAUCUGUGCGAACCUGGCAGGACUCAGAUGUUUUGAGCGUCUCAGCAACAUUGGCUAGCUGGUAGCACGCUAUCUGACAUCUACCGUGAGGUGCUAGCAACCGUGCGGAGCUCCCUAGCCAGCCUUUCGGCAGGUUAGCGGGAGCAGGAGGUCCCCGGGUGAUGUUGUCCGUAAUCUCUUACGGUAGACUGGUUGCCAGGGCUGUCAUCGGCGGUCUUUCCCAAACAGAUAGCCGCGAUUACAGCCUUGUGACGGCAAGCUUUGGAUUUGGGAAGGAUUUUCGCAAGGGGAUUCUGAAGAAAGGGAUGUGCUAUGGAGACGACGCUUGCUUCAUUGCCCGACACAGAUCUGCCGAUGUGUUAGGUGUGGCAGAUGGCGUUGGCGGUUGGCGUGACUACGGCGUGGACCCCUCCCAGUUCUCGGGCACGCUGAUGAGGACGUGUGAGCGUCUAGUGAAGGAGGGUCGCUUCAUGCCCAGCAACCCCGUGGGCAUACUCACCACCAGCUACUACGAGCUCCUGCAGAACAAAGCCCCUCUCCUCGGCAGCAGCACGGCGUGCAUCGUGGUGCUGGACCGGCAGAGGCACCGGCUGCACACGGCCAACCUGGGCGACUCGGGGUUCCUGGUGGUGCGCGGGGGGGAGGUGGUGCACCGCUCGGACGAGCAGCAGCACUACUUCAACACGCCCUUCCAGCUGUCCAUCGCCCCGCCAGAGGCCGAGGGAGCCGUGCUCAGCGACAGUCCCGACGCUGCAGACAGCUCGUCCUUUGACGUCCAGCUUGGCGACAUCAUCCUCACGGCCACAGACGGUCUCUUUGACAACAUGCCUGACUACAUGAUCCUGCAGGAACUCAAGAAGCUCAAGAACACCAACUACGAGAGCAUUCAGCAGACGGCGAAGAGCAUCGCCGAGCAGGCGCACGUCCUGGCCUACGACCCCAACUACAUGUCUCCCUUCGCACAGUUCGCCUGCGACAACGGCCUGAACGUCAGAGGAGGGAAGCCUGACGACAUUACCGUGCUGCUGUCUAUUGUGGCGGAGUACACGGACUAGCGGCGGUCUGGUGGUCGGCUCCGACCCCUUGGCUUCCUCUGGGCGCUGGAAUGACUACUCGCUCGGGUCCACUGGACUCGUUUCCUGCAGGCAGGAUCUGGGACUACUAUUGGUCAGCUCGCGCACUUGCCCUCGCUGCACUGGUGUUUUUUGGUAGUGCUUUUUUUUUUUUUUUUUUCGGCACGCCCCCUGUUCCUAUUUUCUCAGUCCACGCCACACCACAUUGCCUCAUGGUGUGCCCCCCGCACCUCCCCCUCUCCCUCAGUAAAGCUCCCUCCUCUUUACCACCACCAACACCCAACACUGGCAUCUCUUGAGUGCCCAGCCCAACCCAGCACAAAGCUGGUCCCAUUGGUCCCUUUGGGGCUCUCUUCUCAGCUCUCUGAAGGUGCAGAAGCAGGUUGGUCAGAGUUGAGGAUGUUGUUGGUCAGACUGAAAGGUGCGCCCAUGUUGCAGUGCCGUCUUUAGUUCAGUGUCCGUGCUUUUUGAACGUAUGCAAGACGGAAAGGAGAGGAGAAGCUUAGAGGGUAGGUAGGACGGGGCAGGGAGACGUCACCAUGACGCCAGGGGUUCUGGAGAUGGUGGGUGUUGAUAUGCAUCUAUGCACGAAUGGACAGAGUGCUGAAAGGGAGAUGUCCUCAGAUAUGACGACUUCAACAUGGCAAUGCCUUGGCUUGCUUAUCCUCUACUCUGGAAAACACACACACACACUCACAGACCGUGGUUUCUGUGGCGCCUCCUUGCUCCAGGGAUUGGCGGCAACCAGGAGAACUGAUUAGCGUGUACGCACACACACACCCACUGCUGCCAGAAGAGCUGAUUGGAGCUAAGCUUUGUGAGCAUCCGCUGAUGUCUGCCCUGCUUGGCCAGAGUUGCCUGGAGGAGGAGGAAGAGCUGAAAGCAGCCCCAAAGUCACUGGAGAAGCCCAUUAUGGCCAAUACAUACAUGUAGAACCAGUCCAAAAACAAAUAAGUCGUCUAGAUAUAACUAUCAACGGAUCUACCCCGGACUUCAAGCAGGUCCAGAGACCCAGAACAGGAUGACCUGAAGCGCAGGAGAGGAGAGCACCAGAAUCAGAACAAGAUCCACAUCAGGCGUGGGGCCCGAGGUCUGGGGCAGAUCCGUCAUCCGGAACCUUCUGGGAGUCCAGUAGUGUGUUAGACGUUGAGCAGGUGAUGCCAGAGCUGGUUCCGCAUCGCAGGGAAAAGCCUCGAAUCGCCAGUAGCAGCGAGCGAUGUGUGCGUGUGGUGUACCGUCUCUGUGAUCUCUUGAGGACAGUAGAAAGAAUGAUGUGUGAAAGCGAGUAUGUGAAAAAAAUAAAUUGUACAUGAUUUUAUUUUAUGGCGGAGCAGCAGAGUUACAAAAAAAAAAAAAAAAAAAAAAAUCCUGCUUGUGUUUAUGAAAAUCUGACAUUCAGGGUCCAGGACAAGGCAACACGUGGGGAGGCUCUUUCGUUGGGAAAGGAAUGGGAUUUUAUACUUUUUUUUCCCCCUUUGUUUUUGUUCUUUUGGUAAGAAAAAUAUUUAUGGUGUCAGAAUAGAGGAGAGAGAAGAGGAGACGAGUGAAGAUCGUCUCUCGUGUGUUUGGCUUGGGAGGUGUCCAGGACAGGGCAGGGGGACGGGGAGGGGGGGUGCAGUGAUUCCCUCCCUCCUGCCAAGCAGCACUGUGUGGGAGAUGGUUCAUAUGCUUUGAAGGGUGUUAGUGUACUGAGUGUGUGUGUAUGUGUGGGGUGGGGUAUGGUUGUGUGUGUGCUUGAGGUGGUAGUGUUGUGACGGUCAAUGCUUUUGAGUGAGUCAGAGGCAGAAACUAAGAGGGUGUGUGUGUGUAGCAUCCUUAGCACAGGGGAGUAAUGUUAAUGCAAUGAAGAGUUUUUUGUCUUUCUUUUCUCUCUCUCUCUCUCUCUCCCCCCCUUCUUUGUGAAUGUUGAGGUGUACACAGUUAACGCACAAAGACAAAUGCUAGCAUCUGUGAAUGCUUAUCGUGUAUAUCUGUACUGAUGGCGCAGAUGACUUAAUAAAGGUUUAUUUUUGCUAC